AUGUCGGUGCCACUCCUUAUGGCUGAUUUGGUGCACUUGGCGGCCACCAAGUCACCCGAGUCGGAUCGCACGUGGUAUCUGCUUGUCCUUGCGCCACGGCCGUGUCCGGCCAAGCCUGCAGAGGAUGCAGAGCCCUCGACGGAAGCCGGUGAUUUGAUGCCGCUGAACGACGUCUGGCUGCUCUACACCGCCCCGGUGGAGCAUGGUGACUUCCUGCGACUUCUCUUUGAGUUCGGUAGCCGUGGCGCGCUGCGCUGGGAUCUGCACGACUGCUACACCGUGACAGAGAAGUCGCUGGGUGUUGGUGGCUGCGGAACUGUGUAUCUAGGACAGUCCCGGAUGCGCCUCCCCGCUCCGAAGGAUACAGCCAAGGUCGACAUCCCCGCUGUUCCGCAGGUUGCUGUCAAGAAGCUGAACAAGUCAGGCGGUGUUACUGAAGAGAUCAACAUCAGGAGCGAGAUCGAGUUUCUUGCAGUAGCUCGGGGUCACCCCUGUAUCUCGGCAUUGUUUGGCGUCUUCUGCUUCCACGAAGUGGGUUCUGCAGAAGGCAGAAGGGGCCCGUCGAUUCGAUGGACUAUCGUCAUGCCUCUGUACUCAGAGGGAGACUUGUUUGACUACCUCGCUGCCAACGGUGCCAUGAAAGAGACAGCAGCAGCAACUCUCAUGUUGUGCCUGCUGUCAGCGCUCACCCAUCUUCACCGCUUGGGCGUGGUCCACAGGGAUGUGAAAGCGGAGAACAUCUUGCUGGCCAACAACAAGGCGGUGCUCUCGGAUGUUGGCAUCGCUGCGUUUUUGAAAGACGAAGAGGCCAUGCAGCGCCGAGUCGGCUCACCCGGCUACGCCCCGCCGGAAGUCGUCACAGACCUCCCCUACGAUGAAAAGGUUGACGUGUUCGGCGCCGGGGCCGUUCUGUACUUUGCGCUCAGCAACACACUUCCCUUCCCAGGAAAAACCUUGAAGAAGGUUUUAGAGCUCACGGCGCGUUGCAAAGUGAAGUAUGAUCCAGCUCUCUUCGGCGACUUUUCUGGCAGCAUCAUCCAGCUGCUGAAGGCUCUCUUGCAGAAGGAUCCGACGAAGCGGCCCUCAGCGAAAAAGUCCUUCAAGGCGCUUUGGACCAUGGCCAGCCAGAAACCUGAAAUCCAAAGAAGCAGCGUUGCCCGCAUCACGUUGCAGGCCGUAGAUGAUUUCGACAGCUUGGCUGCUACGAGACUGGAGUCAAUGAAGAGCAAUGGCCACAAGCCGGGGUGGACGGCUCAGAUGUUGGCAUUCAUAGCAAGACCCCGAUUUACAGGGGUAACCCCAAAGAAAUUCUCGUGGGGGAGUGAAUCGUAG